CUCCAAUAUAAAAGCCCUUUACAUUCCUUCCUCACUCCAGAGGAGGCUCCAGCAAGGGGCGAGGAAGGAGCUUCUGCACAGCCUACUAGCUAAAGAAAAGUUUGUGAAAUUGCAGUUUCGUUUUCAGUUGGCAAUGAUGCAUCCCGGAAAGCCCAGGAUGGUUGUUCCUUAUGGCCUCAAGACUCUACUUGAGGGAGUGAGCAGAGCAGUUCUCAAAACCAGUCCCAGCAACAUCACUGAGUUUGCUGCUCUCUAUUUCAGGGAGCUGAUGAUGUUUCGAGAAGAUCACCCUAAUUUGGACAUUAAAGAUCUGGUCAGAGAAUUUCAUCUAUCCAGAGUAGAAGGAUGGGCUGAAGCUGCAGGAACAGCCGCAGGUCGCGGGCCACCCAAAAGGUCUGACAUAGGAGAUGGAACAGCUCCGAUGUGUACGGAACCCAAACGGAAGGAGAAAUCGACUGACACCGAAGAGGACCAAAUCUGUGAAGAACCUGCACGUGAACUGAGCACCAAGACUACCCAAUACCCAUCAAACCAUGACGCCGUGAUAGAUAAGGCUGGGGAUGAGAAGGCACGUGAACUUGCCUAUGUCCCAGCUGAUCCUGCCCAGCUAGCAGCACAGAUGCUAGGUAACGAAUGUGUUGCAUAUGAACCUGAAUUGAAGGAUGUGGCUAUCUCUGUGCAGACCCUUCCUAAGUUAUCCCAGUCCACAGCGGAUGUCACGGCUGCACCAGCAGAAGCUGCUGAAGCCGCUGAAGAAGAAGCACCUGCCCCAGAAGCAGCACCUGUAGAAGCAGAGCCGGCAGAAACAGAGCCUGCAGAAGCAGCGCCUGCAGAAGCAGAGCCUGCAGAAGCAGAGCCUGCAGAAGCAGAGCCUGCAGAAGUAGCGCCUGCAGCUUCUGCACAGUCUGUCAGGGCUGAGCCAGACACUCGGAGUCAGACCUCCGUUCUUGGGGAGGUAGUUACCUCAGGCAGUCAGGCUGAGCUACCACCACCUGAUGAUGUAGUAGAAGAAGCUUCCUCAGACCCCUUGCAGGAAGAACCACCACCCCCGGCACCACCACCUCCUCCUGAUAAAGACCCUUUGCAGGCUGAAUCUUGUCCAAGUGAAAUUGAGGUCACAUCAGACCUACAGCUCACACCCAUGGGUGUCGAGGAUCCCGAUGCUGGUGGAGAGGCCCCACCUUACAUAGAGCAGUUUCCACAGCAAAUAGUUAUUCCUUUCAUAGACAACGUAGCAUGUCUUUUAGAUCCACUAACGGCGUCACUAAAUGCAGGUCAGUUUACAUGCACUAGUAUUCUAGAUCCAUCUGCAGAUGAUGCAGAAUGUGACUAUGACAGAAUGGAUACUACAGAGCAACUGAGACCAACUGACCCAGGUUUUAUUAUGUCAGCAUUGGCAACAAGCGAACCAGGACAACCACCACCAUAUUCUAAUGUAUGGACUCUCUAUUGUCUAACUGAUUUGAAACAACAAGGUCGUAAGUCACCUCCACCACCUCUUCCAUCUAUGGGAUCUGGUGCUCCCGUUCCCCAGGCAACCCUAUUUUUAUCUAGCGGUAAGGAUCAACCACAAUAUCUACAGCCGCAGAUGAUACAACAAGGUCAACCGCCAAAAGCGUCCUCUCCAACUUAUGUGAUGAUGGAAGAUGGGAAGAAGGGAAAUGCACCACCUUUCAUUUUAGUGGGCUCUUCUGUUCAGAAUAAACAGGACUGGAAACCUAUCCCUGGCCAUACAGUCCUUACGCAGCCGGACACUGGUGGUACCGUGAGAAGGUUUGCGACAAUACCUGUACCGGUCGCCAGGGCAGCGGAUCCAAAAAUGGCCAAUCCCAGUUUUAACUCAGCACAGGAUAGCGGUAGACCUCCAACUCCAGUUUUUCUUUCAGUUGCCAUACCACUGGAAGAUGUAAUGACUGGGAAGAUGGGCUCGGGAGCUGGAGAUAAGGCACCCUUUGCAGGAAGCUAUGGUAUAGCUGGAGAGAUAACAUUUACUACUGCCUCAAUACGCAGAACAGAGUAGUGAGAAGGUUGAGAAGAGGUGCUGUCUGAAUUUCACUCCACAAUGGAACCUGCAUCUUUAAUAAGAAAUUGAUUACCUAAUACAAGCAAUCAAUAAAACAGUGCCAACAAUCUGAA